GACCCGGGAGCCAAUAAAAACGUUCAUCGAGGCAGCAGCCCUGCACUCCUCCGCCGAAGUGGAUGAAGUACGGGCAGGAAGAGAGGAAGCAGCGAAGCAGACGCAUCGGGCGCGCAGCACCACCACCACCACCACCAUGAGGGAGAUCGUGCACAUCCAGGCUGGUCAGUGUGGAAACCAAAUUGGAACCAAGUUUUGGGAAGUGAUCAGCGACGAGCACGGGAUUGACCCAGCCGGAGGCUACGCUGGUGACUCAGCCUUGCAGCUGGAGAGGAUCAGCGUCUACUACAAUGAAUCAUCCUCUCAAAAAUAUGUACCCAGAGCAAUUUUGGUGGACCUGGAACCUGGAACCAUGGAUAGUGUGCGAUCUGGCCCUUUUGGACAACUCUUUCGACCCGAUAAUUUUAUCUUUGGACAAACAGGUGCUGGAAAUAACUGGGCCAAAGGACAUUAUACUGAAGGAGCAGAACUUGUAGAUUCAGUGCUCGAUAUUGUGAGAAAAGAAUGUGAACACUGUGAUUGUUUGCAAGGAUUUCAGCUCACUCAUUCUCUUGGAGGAGGAACAGGUUCUGGGAUGGGCACACUUCUCAUCAGUAAAAUUCGAGAGGAAUAUCCUGAUAGGAUAAUGAAUACCUUUAGUGUCAUGCCAUCUCCCAAAGUGUCUGACACUGUGGUAGAACCAUAUAAUGCUACACUCUCAGUCCACCAACUGGUUGAAAAUACAGAUGAAACCUACUGUAUUGAUAAUGAAGCACUGUAUGAUAUUUGCUUCCGUACUUUGAAGCUUACCACUCCAACAUAUGGAGAUCUGAACCAUUUGGUGUCUGCUACCAUGAGCGGGGUCACGACAUCACUGCGUUUUCCUGGCCAACUAAAUGCAGAUUUACGCAAGUUGGCAGUAAAUAUGGUUCCAUUCCCACGCUUACACUUCUUUAUGCCUGGAUUUGCUCCUUUGACUGCCCGAGGGAGCCAGCAGUACCGAGCUCUGACAGUCCCAGAGCUCACUCAGCAGAUGUUUGAUGCCAAAAACAUGAUGGCAGCCUGCGAUCCAAGACACGGACGAUAUCUGACAGUGGCCACAGUUUUCCGAGGUCCCAUGUCCAUGAAAGAAGUUGAUGAACAGAUGCUGGCCAUCCAGAACAAGAACAGCAGCUACUUUGUGGAAUGGAUCCCAAAUAAUGUUAAAGUGGCUGUUUGUGAUAUAGCACCCCGUGGCCUCAAGAUGGCCUCUACCUUUAUUGGAAACAGCACUGCCAUUCAAGAGCUCUUCAAAAGAAUUUCAGAGCAGUUCUCUGCCAUGUUUAGGAGAAAGGCUUUUCUUCACUGGUUUACUGGUGAAGGAAUGGAUGAAAUGGAAUUUACAGAAGCAGAGAGCAACAUGAAUGAUCUUGUCUCUGAGUACCAGCAGUACCAAGAAGCAACAGCAAAUGAUGGAGAGGAAGCAUUUGAAGAUGAUGAGGAAGAAAUUAAUGAAUAAAGUUAAUAUAAUACUCAAGUCUGAAGUGUUUGCUUUAGUGCUAAUCAUUUCCAUAAUAGUAAGAAUAUCAUAUUGUAGAGCUUAAUUUUCAGAGACUGGGUUAAUUUAGCCACUAUUUAUUUUGU